GGCGACUCAAUGAAAAGCAAAAAAAGAGAUUCAAAUACUCAUAAGAAAAGUAACUUUACUGAAGAUAUUAAAAGCAAAAACUCACAUAACAAUAUUGCUCCAAAUAAACAGAUGCCUAAAAUUUCUAAAGUACAAAAACCAAAAGGUGCUAAAGCAAAUAGAAAUGACGCAGAAUCAUUAAAGAGCGACAACCAAAGUGAAUUUUUGCAAGAUUCCGACAAUGGAAAUUCUGACAAUGAAAUAAUAAAAUCUCAAAUUGAACUUUCGAAGUCAGAAGUUCCAAAAAAUUAUAUUAUGAAACAUUCAAAAGGAUUAAGCUAUACCAAAUAUAUUGAUACACUUAAUAAUCAAUGCUGCACAUUGAGAAAUCCGAAGAGCUCAAUUCCAACGAACAUAAAAAAAAAUAAUCAAAAUAACAAGCGUAAAAAUAUUGAAGAUGAGGAUUCUGGAAGUGAGCAUGAAUUAAGUGAAAGGUAUAUCAUAUAUAAAGCAUGUGUGACCGGGUCAGAAAAAACGGUGUUAUCGACUGAAAAAUCGAUUUUUUUGUGAUGGUUUCUUACAGUUUGAGGUCCUAAAAAUACAAUGCAACUAUAGUCCUAAAUGUAAAAAAAAUUUGUUGCAUUUGUUUAAACAAAUUAAAAAAAAAAAUUUAUUUUGAAAAAUUUUUUUAAUGAAAAUAUAAGUAAUUCUAAGGCAAAAAUUACUCUUGGUAUUUUUGCUUAAAAUA